UACCCCAUAUACGUAACUACGUAAACAGGAAGAGUCGUUGCAGCGACGCAUCGCCGUGAAAGUGUUGUUCAAAAUGAUCCCGCGCACAAUAAAAAGUGUACUGUUUUGUAACUUGUUUUAGAACAGUGGUCAUUUUAUGAUUCUCUGAUGGAAAGAUGCAAUGAGGAUGAGAAGUUGAAUGCCCCGUCCGAUUUUGUGGCAUCAAGUGUCUCAAAGGGUAGUCAGAGGACCCUGAUGCCCCCAUCCCAUUUCACCGCAAGCACCCAGUCUGCCUCCAUCAUAGUACCAGGGACUGUAACGGGACAAGGAACAACACCAAUAAAAUGGGUCACCCAUGCCACAACACCCCCAUCGGACUCUGGCCCUGCCAACCCAUGGCUCACCAUGGCUCAGGCCAAACAGGAAAUUCUAGAACUACACAGAGAAAACCAGAGGAUUCUGAUGUUACAGGGAGACCGCUCCAGAGGAACGAAGUCAACAGAGGAUUCUGCCCACUCCAUAGCGAGGUCUGGAGUGAGAGGUGAGCAGGCCUCCAGGUGGGAGACAGAAUGGAGACUGGACACAGAGCGUUUCCGGGCAGAGUCAGAGAGGCUGAAAGGCCAGGUAGAAGCACUGAAGGAAGUUGCAGGGAAACAGAGAGAGGAGAUGAGGGACAAAGAAACUUCUCUGAACAGGCAGAGUCAUGAAAUGGAGGUGAUGCGGGAGGAGUUAUAUAAGACUAAGACUGAGCUCAGCCAAGUCAGUGUGGAGCUGGUCCAAAAGAGAGAGGACAAAGAGAGACUCAGCACCCAGCUGGAGAUGCUGGAGAGGAAGUCUGGGGAGGAGGCUGAGAGGCUGAGGAGGGAGGUGGAGAGGAGCAGACAGGAAACCCACAGGCUGACCAGGCAGGCUGAUACAGCCAGGCUGCAGGCUGGGGAGGAGGCCAAGCAGGAGUUGCAGAAACUAAAUAAGCAACUGGAGGAAUCCCACAGGAGACAUGAAACACAGUUGCAGCAGUUGACUGCCACCCAUGACACUGAAUUGUCCACAGUCAAACAGAUGAGCUCUGAGGUGCAGGAGAGGUUAUGUCACCUGUCACAGGAGGUGACUCAUCUGAAGUGCUGUCUACUGGAACUGUCUGCAGAGAGAGAUGGACUGAAAGAACAACUAAGCCAAAUGGGCACUGCUUUUGAGACCCAGUCAGCAACGUUGCAGAGUCUUAGAAACUACAUUGGACAACUUACCCCUGAGAGGGGGUUGGAAGAGAAACUAACUGAAACCAUUCAGACACUGAAUAGGGAGAAGGAGGCUCUGCAAGUGACAACAGAGCUUCUGACGGUCAGACUCAACUCUGUGAACGACAUAUUGGCCCUACAAGAGGAGGAGAUGACUCUGUCAGACCCUCUCCUGAAAGCUGGGCCCAAAGCCACUCGGGUUCUGCGUUGCUGGAGAGAGAAGGUCUUCAUGUUGUUGGUCCAGCUUCGCUCAAAGGAUAUCGAACUGAGGGGAGAAAAGGAUACACUUCUCUCAACCAUCUCAUCUCUGGAGCAGGAGGUGAAGAAGGAGAAGUACCAGUCCAGUGUGUUCCAGCACAGCCUGCAGGACAGAACAGCUGAGCUGGAGCUGGAGAGGGUGGCUAGGGAGGCCAUGGAGCAGGACGUGGAUACAACUAAGAGGGAGAACACAGAGCUGAAGAGCUGGAGUCAGGAGGCAGAGGCUGGACUGAGGACCAUGACAGAGGAUGCCCAGCGAUUCAGUCAGGCGUUUGAGGCUAAGAUGUCAGAGGUGGAGACCGUCCAAACACGUCUGAACAGCUUUGGCCAGAGGCUGACCUUUGCCAAAAGAAGAGUGGACACAAUUCAAGGUCUAAUGAUGAGGAAGGAGGCCCUACGGAGAGUGCAGCAGGCCACUAAAGCAGCCAACCCGGUCUCUGAGCGUGCCGCUGUCACAGAGCUCCAGGCAGAGCUGGCCUCGGCGUGUGAGGAGAGCGACAAGCUCAGGCAGGAGCUCAAGAGAACCCCUGAGCUCAUUGAGAGUGCCCUGGCUGAUGUCCGUGAACAGUUUGAUAGUGAGGUGAGGCAGCUGAGGCAGGCUGCAGAGCGAAGCAGGGGGGAAGCCCAGGAGGCCCAGGCAGCCAGAGAGGAGGCCCAGCAGAGGCUGCAGGAGGCCCACACACAGCUAGAGGAGAGCAACCUCAACCUAGAGCAGCUCCAUGCACAGCUGAUCAGCCAACAGGAGGCCAGUGACAGAGCCCUGCGAGAGAGAGUGUCUGAGACAGAGGAUCACUGUGCUCAGCAGCUUAGAGUGAUGGAAUCUCAACUCAACACGGCCAGAAGAGAACACACCAAAGCAGUGGUGGCCCUGCGUCAGUUUGAGAGACAGGCAGAGAGAGAGAGGGAGCAGGAGAGAGAAGCACAAUGCCUUCAGAGUGAACACACCAAGAGAGAAAUCCUGGAUCUACAGAAACUACUGCAAGAAAAGGACAAGGACAGAAACCUACUUUUGGCGACUGUACGUGAGAGGGGUCUGAUGAGUGAGUAUAAGGCAGCUCGGACCACAGCCCUGCAGACUUCUGUGGCCUUGAAGGAGCAGCAGCAGAGACCCUCAAGGAAGAGCAACACUCUGAGAGCCAAAGACCAGCCACAGACCAGAGACUCGCUACUGUCAGUGCUUGGGGACCUUCGGACUCUGAGUGCUGCAGUGGUCCACAGCUCAGAAGACGAUGCAGAAGAGGAAGGACAUGGGGACAGGGGCCUCACAGCGUGACAGGAAAAUCAAAUGAAUGGAUAGCUUCGUUCAAAACAGUGUGCUGCCUUCCGCUGGAGAAGACUAAAAAACAUGCUUGUUGUGACCCUGAGUGCCCUGAACUGUAGCCCUGGAGACGUGAGAUUGACCUCUGCUGAUGUUUCUAUAGUCUUGCUAAUGGUUGUGUUUAUGAAGACAUGGAUCACCAUCUUUGACAAAGUUGUGUAUUUGUUUGUGAUGUAAUAAAUUAUGUUGAUAUUUAAAACUUU